AUGCCGGAAGAUCCAGACAGCCACCAUCAUCCAGCAAGUCCAAUAGCUCUCCAAUCCUCGUCCAGAACGCCUGCCAAACAGGAUGGCGCCAGCGUCAGCACUCAAAAUGACAAAGACGUCCGUCUGCUCGAUCGACUCGAACAUUUCACUUGGGCUUGGUUUUGCCUGCCUAUGUCGACCGGCGGCAUUGCCCUUCUCUUGUCCCCAGCGGUCCAGCCUCAUAACUUUCCCGGCCUCAAUACCAUUGGCAAAGUUGUCUACAUCUUCGACCUCACCAUUUUUACCUUAGUAACCUUGGCGAUAUCUUAUCGUUUCCUCCGAUGGCGCAACACAUUAUGGGACAGCCUUACACAUCCUACGGAAUCACUCUUUGCUGCCACAGCACUUUUGAGCACAGCUAGCAUUAUAGCAUGCAUAGCCCGAUAUGGGAUUAGUACCAUUGGUGUCGCCAAUGCAGGCUGGCUCAUCGUAACAUACCGGACCUUGUUCUGGGUCUAUUUCAUUGUGACAUUCAUAUGGGCUGUCUUUGCAUAUACUCUGUUGUUCACUUCUCCGGCACUCGAACUUCGAGAUAUGACUCCAGCCUGGGACUUACCUAUCUUUCCUUUCAUGCUCAGUGGCACUAUCGCAUCGACGGGCGCAUCCUAUCAGCCACCCGACCAAGCAGUCCCAAUGAUCGUCGCAGGACUAACAGCGCAAGGCCUAGGUUUCAUCAUCAGCAUUCUCAUGUAUGCAAUCUAUAUGCACCGCAUGAUCGAAUUCGGCUUUCCUGCCACGAAAGCUCGGCCAGCCAUGUUCAUAGCCGUCGGCCCACCAUCUUUCACCUCUCUCGCCAUCCUAGGCAUGGCAAACGCCUGGCCAAGACAGUACAUCAACUACUUCGGCAGCAACAUCUACCCCGACGAUUCGAUCGGCGUCCCCCAACAAGAACUCACCACGAUCCAAAUCAUGCGCGUCCUAGCUACCGUCAUGUCCAUCUUCAUCUACACCCUUGCAGCCUGGUUCUUCGCCAUCGCCGUCGUGGCCUGCUUUCUCAAAUUUAGACGCAUGACCUUCCAUCUCAACUGGUGGGCAUUUGUCUUCCCGAACGUUGGCUUCACUAUCGCGACGAUACAGAUCGGCAAAGUGCUGAUGAGCCCGGGUAUAGAGUGGGUAGGCAGCGUCAUGAGUAUUGGCGUCGUAGUGACUUGGUUCUUCGUUGCCGCGAACCAUAUCUGGGCGUUGUGGAAUAGACAGAUUUUGUGGGAGGGCAUGGACGAGGAUGUGUAUAAGACGGAAGCACUGAAUUCGCAUAAGAUGCAACAGUCUAGGAAAGGGCUGAUGGACGAGGAGAAGCAGGAUUGA